AUGAGCCCCAUCCUCACCCCACGGGCAGCCGUCGAGGAGGUCUCCGACGAAGACGUCCCCAUUCUCGGUUUGCGCGACAAUAGCAUGGACCUGAUGGCCCAGCUCCGGGAAGCAGCGGCCACGCCGACCCCGCUCGCAGAGAUGAUGCAGGAUCCCGAGGCGCUGCGCACCUUGACGAAGUCGUCGUCACGCGAGUCCCAUCGACGACCGACGAGCCCCCCGCGCGAUCGCGAGGGAUCCAGGAAGGGCAAGGACGGCGGGCGGCGGCGGACGUCGGACUCUGCGAGCUCGAUGCUCAGCAUCGUGUUGGCAGAGGAGGAGCGGCAGGUGCACCACCUGAAGGCCAUGUUGCGCAUCACCGGCGAUCGGCUCGAACACGAGGCACGCCGCGCCGACCAGGCCGAGUCGCGGGCCACGAUGGCAGAGGUGCGGGCCCGGGAGACGAAUGCGCGGGCUGCGGCAUCGGAGCAGGCGCUGCAUCACGCGGAGAUCGAAGCGGCGAGGGCGAGGGAGGAGACGAAGCGCUACCAGAUGCAGCUGGAAACGGCAGAGAGGGAGCUGAGGAGGGUUGCGGCGGACAUGGUGAGGUUGCAGCGACAGAGAGAGGAGGCGGACGAGGCGGCGGCAAAGGCCAGGGAUGCAGCUCGGAGAUGGCAGUCUGCGCUGAGAGAUAAUCAGGCGCGAGAAGAGGGACGGGAGGAGGGGAGGAGGAUGGCAAUGUUUCGGCGAUUCGACGACGGGCGGGAGGAGGGCUGGGAAGAAGGCCGGUACGACGGAUGGCAGUCAGGGAGAAUGGAAGGAUUCGAGGAAGGGAGGAAGGUCGGGAUAGAAGAGGGCCGGGAGAUAGGCAAGAGAGAGGAGAGGAGGUAUGCGCUCAAAGUGCACGAUCGGUAUCAAGAGGCUGGCCGCGCAAGGUCCUUUGACGAUCGGCCUAGAUACUUUGAAGACCGUGAAGAGGAGAAGGAGUCUGUGAACAGAAACGAGGCACAGGAGCGGAUACAACAAUGGGCAGAAUCAACCGAAGAAUCUAUCAGGAUACCGUCGCCUAAGCCACGUCCAGUAUGGCUCCGGCGUGCAGUAACAGCCAAUCCAGGAAUCCUAGGGCGAGAUAACGCACUCGGAUUGGGCAUGGACCCUCCACAAUUUUGGAUCGUGCAGGACAUGGAACAGAAGACCUGGUUUAGCAAAGAUAGCACCCAGAAAGGCAAGAAGACGCUGGAGACCGAGAUAUUCUUCGACGGUUGCGAAGACCCGAGUGUCAUCAACGACCGAGAGCGCAAGCCAGGAGUAAUGGGGAUGUGCUCGUACUGGAGAUUGCCUGAUCCAUCAAAGUGGUUCCGCAAGAAUCCAGAGCUGCGUAUACGCCCCAAUUGUCUGUACAAAUCACGGAUCACGAUGAACACAGCUUACGAGUGCCACAGAUUCUCGUGGAGUGAUUGGCAGAAUAUUGAAUACUUACUGCAAGUAGCGCCGACACGAGCUGUCAGAAUCAUGACAGUAAGCAAGCAGGAAAGAACAGCACCCUUUCAUAUCUGCACCAUCAUGAGCAACCCAACCAUCCCUCCGACGCCACCUUCGCCAGGUGUUGGCGCGCGCCGCAAGGGACACAAGACUCUCCCUCGGCUUCCGUUGACUGCGUUCAGUCCUCCCAACUCUGGUGUCUCAGAAAGCUUCCCUCUGCCUCCAAGCCCGAGCACCGUGCAUCCUGACCGAGUCGUCGAUGCGAGCGUUGGGAGCUCGCUUGCCGAUUGGAAACAGGAAGUAAGCGGCGCGCUGAAAGGGAGGAUCGGCGGUGUCGUGGUCAAGAUAACCCAAGACCAGCUAGCUGGACUGGAGGCACAAGCAUCCGAAGCCGACGUCACAGUGCUGUCUGCAGCUAUUCAAUUCGACCUCGAAGAUGCGCAAGCCCCGAUCAUCUCAUCAGCAAAAUACCCCAUCAGUCUCUCAACGUCGUUCACCAAGCAUUCCGAGCAGGCGGCCGCCAAUUUAAAUGCGGCCUUGAAAGCCGGGUCGAUCGUUGAUAUUGAUGUGCAGGCUAGUGGUGAUAGCGGCUUAGAUGGACUGGAAGACCUCCUCACGAGAGCGAUAGAUGGCCUCGAGGGCAGAGGCACCAUCAUACUCUCAAAUAUCCUCCCCCCGCCGCAUGACCUCGAGCUCCCCAUAGUCAAGCUGUUGACCCACCCCACAUACCAGACCUACCAAGCACAUAUCGCCGCCCUUUCCUUGUUCCCCAACCUCUACGUCAAGUUCUUGCCUCCCGCUUGGAACGCACCUACCCCACCGACUCCACCCGCAGGCAAAGAACUCGUCGCAAAUGAGAAGGAGAAGAAGGAAUGGAAACGGAGAAUCAAGAUGUAUCUGGGCCCUGCCGUCGAAGCCUUUGGCUUCCAGCGCAUCUUGUUCGGUUCAGCACCUUCGCCAUUUUCGCAUGCGAUAUCUAACGCGGGUGACUGGUAUGAGAUCGCACGCGAAUCGUUCGCGGAACUUGGUGUCGAACAACCCGACGUCGAUAAUGUGUUUGGAGGUAACGCCCAACGGGUGUACUCUGCAUCAUCUUAG